AUGGCAACAAGAGUAGAAAUAAAUUCUACUUUGGCCUCUUUGACGACAGUACCUGACUUAAAUGAAAUCAGAAAUGAGGAUAAAUCACAGCGUGUGUAUGUGAGUGUGCUUUCAGAUGCCAGUAACAAGACAAAGGAGGCUUCAGCGUCACUAACUCUCGAAGAGAAGAACAAGUUUGGGAGUACUUGGAAAUCUGCAACAAUGCCAUCACUAGGAUCAAGGCCAAGACUUUUCCCAAAGCCUUUUUCUAAAGAUAAAACUUCAGAUACUUUUGCAAAUGUGAAACCACCUGUUCCAUCUUUGAGAUCCAGUAGUUUUAUUAGAAAGGUCACUGAAGAAACAUCAUCUGUUAAGGUAUUAAGUGGAAAUGUUCCUCCGUUAGUAGAUCAGAAAGCAAUUGAAAAUGAAACUAAGGCUGGCAGUGAAGUAGUCACAAACAUGACUUUCUACACUGGUCCCAGCACGAAUACUGUAAUUCUUUUUGAGACAGCAGGCACAGAGCAGUCAAAGGUAAGCCUGGCCCAGGAAAAAAAGGCUGCUGAUGACCACAGAGUGUUUAGUACCCUGCAAACAAAAGAGCUUCAGUGCAAUGCGAAGCUGGAAAAACCAUCUGAGACAUCCAGGAAUCCUGAAGGGUCUCUUCGUAGGCAGAUAUCACUUUCCUCCAGUGUUAGACCAAUCUCUUGGAACUCCCUCAAAACUGGUGAUAAAAAAGAUGCUUAUGAAGUUCAUCCAGGGGAGAAAGACAAUGAUGAUGCAAAUAAUAUCAACAGUAAAGUUGAUUUCUCUAUUGAUGUGCAGCAAAGACCAAAACAUAGACCAGUCUCUGCUAUUUUUCUGGAAUCAUUACGAGAUCAAAAGCAUCGCACUGUGGAAGCUUCUGAGGAAAAAUCUCCUACAGAGAAGGUUAGAAAACCAAGGCCUCUGUCCAUGGACCUGACAGCUAAGUUUGAACAUAAGGACCUUUCUUCUUGCAAGAAGACUUGUUCGUCUCACGAAAGCAAGGAGAAUGUAUCAAUAAUUUCUCUCACUGAGGGGGGCUGUCAUGAUAAGUCUGAAGUGGGGCCAAAACCUGAAGAAACUGAAUUUAAUAAAGGCAGUUCUUCUAAAACAAAUUUGAAGUGCAGUAGUCAGGACAUUGGCAUCCUAAAUAAUGGAAAAUACCUACGGGAAACAAAGCUUAAAUCUAAAAGUGAACAAAUUGAGACAAAACCAGAAAUAAUGGCUAACUUGCAUGGUUCUGAAAGAAGCCAUGAGACCACUAGUGAAAGCAGAACUAAUAAGGAGGGGAAAAGACCCGAUCAAAAGGAAACACAAACAUUUCUAGGCUGUGAAAGCCCUGCAGCUUCCUCAGAAAAAGAGAACAGUAUCAUAAGAGGUAGUGUUAAAAAACACAUCAGUUUGUUUACUUCAGAAAAUCCCAGUCCCUCCGUGGAUACAGAGCUUCUCCAGUCAACUGCUGAGAAGGAAAACAGAUGUGUGAACAUCCAGCAGAGAAUCAAAGAACUGACAACAGAAAAUAUUGAUGUUAAGCCAGGAAAUCCACGCAGGUCACUUCAAUCACGACCACUUUCUGCGGACUUAACAAAGAUGUUUUCAAGUCCAACAUCAACCUGUGAAGCAAAGCCUGAGAAACCUGCUGAAACUAGAAAUGACUCUGUCAAUGAAAUGCAAGAAAAUACCAAAAGUAAGGAGAUCAAGCUUGUCCAUGGCACAGAUUUCACUGAAGCACAUGCUACUGGGAACCCUUGGAAACCCCGGCAGAUUUUGAAAAUACCAAAUAAACCUGAUGAGAUCGAGAGAAGAGGAAGUUUCCUUGGGGAUGAUCAGCAUUUUUCUCAGCAAAGUGAAAAUUCUGUCUCAUUCACAACCAACUUGGAAAAAAAAUUAAAACCAACCACACUUAUGGAAAAGGCCUACAUUAAAACUGUUAGAGCCACCAUGUUUGACCACAAAGUUCAGAGGCAUAACGUCGCUGCUGAUCAUCCUGGGAUUGAUUCUGCACUGAAAACAAAUAAUGAGCUUGAGGCAAAACAUGAUGUGGUGACUUUGGGGCACAAUAGACCAUCAUGGAUGGGAGAAGUGGAGGAAACCACUAGUAUAAAGAAGGAGUAUCACAAGCAGUCUGACUCAUUGAAACAUAUAACAGAUGUAGAGAAAAGUGGAAAUCCAGCUUCAAGUGAAGACAAGAAAGUGACUCCAGGAAUUUUCUUGGAAAAAUCUUUGGUUGAGAAGAGUGAAAAACCCACUCCUAAAAAUGCAGAGGACUCUCUAAUUCACCAAAGAAUAGAGCCGAGAUAUGAAAUCUUUCAGACAUGUGGUGAAAGAGCUCUUAGUGAAGCCAUUACCAUGGCUCCUGAAAAAAAGGCCCUGACACUCAGAACUAGAAAAUCAUCUGUGAAAGAGAAGAGAAAUGAUGAGGAUGUUUUACACACUGGUCAGUUGGCUAGCACAAAUAGUAAAGCUCUCUACUUGAAAGAAGAUGACGUAAUUUCAGAAGCUAGAGACACAAAAGGUUUUAUGAGCAAGUCUUUGUUGAGAGAAUCUAACAAUUUUUUCUCCAGUGAAUGCACUUUACCUGAACAGAAAAAAGAUUCUGAGAAAACUGGAACUGAUCCGACAUUAAUAGCUGAGAAAAUACCUUAUUCUACAAACAAAAGUAAAUAUUUGGGGGUGAAUGAAAAAGUAAACCAACUCCAUUCAGAAAUUAAAAGUGAUAAGAGUGAAGUCUCUUCCAUGAACAAAACAGAGAGGUCUAAUAUGAUGAAAUGCUCCUCUGAGAAAAGGAGUUUUAGACCAGGCGGGACAGACAACUAUGAAUUCAGAACCAACUUUGAUCAUGAAGUUAUUUCAACAAGUGUAAAUAAGCAUGAGGCCCAGUCUUCUUCAGCAUUUUCAAGUGGGCAAUUUUGUAAAUCUUCCAGUACCCACCAUCCUGACAUGAAAGCACUACCCAUUAAAGAGGAAUCGAGGGCCUUUGGCUUAAGGAAAAGUCUAGACUUAAAUUGCAAAGAACAAGGCUUUAGCUUAGAUAGGACAGCUCAUGAAAACAGCGAAAAAACCAGAGUAAUAGAUCCAGAAGAAAAAGUCAGGAGAACCAGAAGUAGUGUUUCUGACUUGAAGAUUUCUGAAAGGUGGAGAAGGAGAACCUUGCCUCAGGAUUCUGUCAAGACAGAAGAAGUCGUCUGGCUCACUCCUGAGAAUACCAAGAGGCUGAGUCGGGCAGACUCAAUGCAAUUGGAUGAAGGUUCAGUUAAAAAGAGAAGCAAAAAAAGCAAAGAAGGGAUGGAAGGGAAUGAGGCAAACCAGGCUGUUCUUGGUGGUGUUGAUGAUUACCUGAAAAACCAGAGUUCUGCCUCUGAACCAAAAGCAACUUACUUUGCAGUGACUUAUCAGAUUCCUGGUAACAAGAAAGAGAAAAGCUGCUUUGAUACUCCUAGUGCAACUGAAACCACGAUAAUUUCUAGCUCAAGUGAGGGAGCAACAAUUAGUCUGGACCCUGGUUUUCCUGGAAGUUCCAAACCUUUAUUGCAGCAGCCAAAUAAAAAUUUGACGAGUACAAAUCAUAGAGAAGAGUCACGGGAAGUGCAUGUUAACAAGGAUUGGGUCAAAGAGGAAGACAGAGAUUAUAGUUUUUCCAAAAACAAUGCAUUUGGGAGUUUUCAUGUAUCUAGGAAAGAUAACCAACAGUAUCAUGAAAGAGAUGUGGAUCACUCUAAAGAGAAAAUUAUAGAUGUUGAUGCUUUCAUGUUAAAACAGGGUCUGGAAAAUACAGCUCAAACUGAUCUCAAAAGUAGCAGAAGAAAAGUCUCCUCUUACCAUGAACCCAGAUCCCCCCUGCGUUCACAUAAAGACAGUGAGCUAGUGCCCCAGAGAAGGGGUGAAAAUAAUUAUGAUUUAUCUGGAAAGAAGGCUGAGGAUGGUUACAGAUCCCAAAUUCUGGAUAUUGAUGCCCUUAUGGCAGAGUAUAAAGAAGAAUCAGUGAAGGUCAGUAACAUUCAAGAAGAUCACAGUUUAUUUAAUAGGGAGAAAUCAAAGAACAAAAGGAAUGUGUCAGAUAGGACAGCUUCUUCCUAUAGCUGGAAAGAGUGGAAGGGAUCAGAUCACUAUUCUGUUAAUAACAAACAAGGUGACUACACUGAAGAGUAUCACAGGCCAGAGAAAUUAAUUCUAAAUGAAAAGAGCAAAGAGAAACUGGAAUCCUGUGGCACUGAAUUUGAUAAACAAAAGUCCAAAGACAGAAGGUUCACCCCUCCUUGCUGGGGAAGUCCUAGCAGCGUUUUUUCAGAUAAGUUUGUGGAUUCACCUGUGGAGUUCACUAGGAAGAAAACUUUCAUCAUUGAUGAGGAUGAAGAAGUGAACUUAACUUCCAAGAAUCAAAGUCCAAGAUUUGUAAUUGAUAAGGUACGACCUAUAAAUGCAGUUGGUACAGAUCAAAGGUUGGAAGUUAAUUUUGCUUCCAAGUUGUCCAUAAAAGCAGAUGAUGGCCUCUUACAGAAGAAGCUGGUCACAAGAGAAGAGUUCUUGGAGGUGUCUCCAGAAGGUGAUUGGAGGAAAAACGUAGCAAGGAGCUCUUUAACAAGGAACAAAGACACUGCAAAUAAGAUGAUGUGGGAGAAUGACUCUUCCAAUGUGACAAGUAGAACUGACUGGAAGAGCUGUACAUCUGGCUUAGGAAGCGCUGCCUCAGAUUUACGACGGUCCUAUUCAGAAAAGAGCCGCCAAGGAAAAGACAACCUACUGCUUAUGCCUGAAGUAAGAGUGAGAAAGGACCUGCACCGAGCCAGGCAAAGCUUCCCCUUGGAAAGUGCAGAUAACGGGUGGAAACACAAGAUCUCUCAGUCGGAAUCUUUCUUCCAUGAGGAUAAAAAGGCUUCUAGGAAAGAAUGGACCAAGCAGAGUUCAGACAGAACAGACUUUUCAUUGGUUUCUACUCGGAGGAGCCACCACAGUUUUUAUAAGGACAGAAGGGCGGAUAACGGAGCG